AUGUUCUUCCACAUCGUAUUGGAGAGGAACAUGCAGUUGCAUCCUCGCUACUUCGGUCGCAACCUACGAGAUAACCUCGUUUCAAAGCUCAUGAAAGAUGUUGAGGGGACUUGCAGUGGUAAACAUGGGUUCGUUGUAGCAAUAACAGGCAUAGAAAACGUUGGGAAAGGUUUGAUCAGAGAUGGUACAGGUUUCGUGACUUUUCCAGUAAAGUACCAGUGUGUUGUGUUCAGACCAUUUAAGGGCGAGAUCUUAGAAGCUGUUGUCACCAUGGUAAACAAGAUGGGAUUUUUCGCUGAAGCUGGUCCAGUGCAGAUCUUUGUUUCGAACCAUUUGAUACCUGAUGACAUGGAGUUUCAGUCUGGAGACAUGCCGAAUUAUACAACUUCUGAUGGAUCGGUUAAGAUCCAGAAGGAUAGUGAAGUGCGUUUGAAGAUUAUCGGGACUCGUGUUGAUGCUACAGAAAUCUUCUGCAUUGGUACGAUAAAGGAUGACUUCUUGGGCGUGAUCAACGAUCCCACAACCACGUAG